ACCAUGUCAUAACUAGAUGUCAUUCACGAAAAGGCGAUCAAGGAUAUUGUUUGAUGUCCAUAGAGAUUCAAUUUCUUUCAACAAAUGUGCUUACUUUACUCAAUACCCUGUUACAACAAAAAUCAAGGGAACUUGCUUGAUCACCUUGUGUGACGUGCGUUAGACAUCUAGCGGAAAGAGUACUUUAUCUGAUACACAUCUGGGCAAGAUGGCGUGCUGGAUCGGCUGGCCUGCCACGAGAGUGAUCAUUGGUGGAGUACUUAUUCACUUAACUUUGGGGACAUUAUACACAUUUGGCAAUAUGAACCCAUACAUCACGUCUUACCUACGGUACAAGCUUCCAGCCUCUGAUACCGACUACUCAGACACAGCAUGGGUGAACUCGGCUUCCUUCAUUGGCAUAGGGCUCCCGAUCGUACUGGCGGGCGAGAUCUAUGACAGAUUUGGCCCUCGCAAGACUGUGUCUUUUGGUUGUUUGCUAAUGAGCGGAGGCAUCGCACUUACCUACGUCACAAUAAAACACUCGGUGGCCUUAGUGGUUUUGACGUAUGGGCUGAUGUUUGGGCUCGGCGUCGGGAUGUCAUACGUUGUGCCCAUGAGCUGUGCAAUGAAGUGGAUUCCCGACAGAAAAGGGCUUGCCUGUGGAUUAACCAUGGCAGGAUUCGGGGGUGGUGCCUUCACCUUUGACUACGUUCAAACAUGGUACAUCAACCCAGACAACGAUCCACCUUUGCAUCAUGUCGACGACAAGUACUACUUCCAUGAAGAGAAAAUUCUGUCUCGAGUCCCUCCCGUGUUCUGUGUUUUGGCUGGUUGCUACGCAGCUCUACAAGUGAUUGGGAUCCUGUUACUAAGGGACCCGCCCGAGAUGAGGCUCGUGGACGAGGAAGAUGAAGAGGAAGAGUCAUCACUCACAGACGGAGGGCAGCUCACGUCCAUCACCAGCCAGGGCAGAGAUGAGCAGGAACAAUACGUGUCAUGGAAACAGAGCUGGAAGACCAAGGAUUUCUGGCUGCUGUGGUUCUCCCUGUUCUUUAACAGUCAGGGUCUUUUGUUCUUUUCAACUUUCUGGAAGGCAUACGGACAGACUUUCAUCAAUGAUGAUCAGUUCUUGACCGUUGUUGGAAGCAUUGCUUCCUUAUUCAAUGCAGGAGGCAGACUCUUCUGGGGAUAUUUGGGCGACAAAUUCUCCUUUAAGGUUGCAAUGAUGGCUUUGUGUGCAGUAUGCACAGUACUGAUGGCCACCUAUAAAUUGACUGAACUGGCAGGAAAAUCUUUAUUCUUCAUCUACGUGUGUCUAACGUUUGGAACUUUCGGUGGAAACUAUUCACUGUUUCCAUUGGCUACGGCGCAGACAUUUGGACAACGCUACUUUAUACAGAACUACGGACUGCUGUUCACUUCUCAGGUCCUCAUGUCCGUGAUCACUGCAUUCACUGCUCCCUACAUCCAGAACGUCAUUGUGUGGUAUGGGUUCUUCCUCCUGUCAACAGGGUCUUCUUUUUUAAGUUUCAUACUGGUGUUUGUUUUAAAACAAGAGCGACCGUUCAUCUGAGAGACGAGAUUUACAGCCAUGUUCCCUCUGAAACCAAUGCUAGUUGAACCAAGUAUGCAAAUGAACUUACUUUCGAAGAAGCGUCGACCGAAGAGUUACAACAAACCAGAGAUAUAUAACUGAGUGCAGAGAUUUCGGGCUCCAAGCCCACCCUAUCUAUCUGAACGUUGAGAUAGAUUCCCAAGCUCACCCUUUCUAUCUGAACGUUGAGAUAGAUUCCCAAGCCCACCCUUUCUAUCUGAACGUUGUUAUAGAUUCCCAAGCUCACCCUUUCUAUCUGAACGUUGUUAUAGAUUCCCAAGCACACCCUUUCUAUCUGAACGUUGAGAUAGAUUCCUAUUUGCAUGGCCUCACCUUUGGUUCAUGAGAAACAAUGUUUUAUUAAGGAAAGUCAACAUAUAUCUUAUGUAAGUGCACUUGGCACUGUUUUUGUAUAAUGACUACUUGCAGUUUCGGAAACACAUGCUCUCAUUAUAAAACUGAUAACCCCAUGGUUGUAGAUCCGACUAUAACAAAGCGAUUAGUAUUUGAAUUGUGUAACUUCCGGUUUCAGAACUUACUUCCGUCCUGAUUUAAAACCUUGAUCUGAAAUUCCUACAGAUCCAUCUCAGAUUGAAAAAAAGUUAUUGCCAUUUUCUUUAGUUUUGUUUAUGAAACUUCAUGUUUAAGUAAACUGUCUCCGUGGAAGGUCCGGGGCUCGACCCCGGGCUGCGUCAAACCAAAAGACGUUAAAAGAUGGUACUUGUUGUUACCCUGUCUGGCGCUCGGCAUUAAGGUACUGAAACAAGGACUGGUCGGCUC